UGGUUCAAAACAUUUCAAAGCUGCCCCUCCCUCUCUCCACAGACCUAAAAAUAUCUCCCGCCGCCGGCAGAAAUGAGCGAACCUUGAUCAAGGUCGCCGGCGACUCCAGUGGAGCUUCAUAUAACUUAAAUGCUAAUUUUCUUUCCAGAUCUUUGAAUCCCAACAUAAAAAAUCCGUUAAAAUGCCGUUGCAAUCGGAUCUAGACCGUCAGAUCGAGCACUUGAUGGACUGUAAGCCGCUACCGGAGUCAGAGGUGAGGACGCUUUGUGAUCAGGCGAGGGCUAUUUUAGUGGAAGAGUGGAACGUACAACCUGUCAAAUGUCCGGUGACUGUGUGUGGAGAUAUACAUGGACAGUUCCACGACUUACUCGAGCUCUUUCGUAUAGGCGGCAGUGCUCCUGAUACUAAUUAUCUGUUUAUGGGAGACUAUGUUGAUCGAGGUUACUACUCGGUGGAGACUGUUUCACUUCUAGUGGCGUUGAAAGUUCGUUAUAGAGAUAGGAUUACGAUUCUUAGAGGAAACCAUGAGAGCAGACAAAUAACUCAAGUGUAUGGAUUUUAUGACGAGUGCUUGAGGAAGUAUGGAAAUGCCAAUGUGUGGAAACAUUUUACUGACCUUUUCGAUUAUCUCCCCCUCACUGCCCUUAUUGAAAGCCAGGUUUUUUGUCUGCAUGGUGGGUUGUCUCCUUCUUUAGAUACACUUGAUAACAUUCGUGCUUUAGAUCGCAUACAAGAGGUUCCUCAUGAAGGGCCAAUGUGUGAUCUUUUGUGGUCUGACCCUGAUGACCGAUGUGGUUGGGGAAUCUCUCCUCGUGGGGCCGGGUACACUUUUGGACAAGAUAUAGCUGCACAAUUUAACCACACAAAUGGCCUCACUCUUAUUUCUAGAGCUCAUCAGCUUGUCAUGGAAGGUUACAAUUGGUCUCAGGAAAAUAAUGUUGUAACUGUAUUCAGUGCACCAAACUAUUGCUACAGAUGCGGAAACAUGGCUGCAAUACUUGAAAUUGGAGAAAAGAUGGACCAAAACUUCUUACAGUUUGACCCUGCCCCUCGCCAGGUGGAGCCCGACACUGCACGCAGAACCCCGGAUUACUUCUUGUAAAUUGUUUUUGUGAUUUCAAGACAAAAUCAAACCAUUGUUUGCUCCUUUUUCCAUUUCAGAUUUUUUUUUUCUAUCAAAAAUCAAAAACUGGAGAGAUUAUUAAUUUAUUUAUGUGUUUUGUCAUGUCCUGAG